GUUGGCUCUCAGUUGCCGGCAAACUAUCGACGUGUUGUAUUGUGGUGAAGCCGUGUGCAGCGGAGCCCGCCGUGUAUCGUUGUCGUCGUCGUUAUCGUCAUCGUCGUCGUCGUCGUCGUCGUCGCCGUCGUCUCGUCGUCUCGUACAUUAUAAUAAUAUAGUGUCCUCAGACCCUCGCUCACCCUCCCCCGGAAUUCCGUUCGUGUCCCACACGCUCUACCCCCGUCCGUCCGCGCGCCCGGUCGCGAAGUUUUCUCGUGCGGUUUUUUUUUUUUCAUCGCCGAAGCUCGCCGCCGUCUCGUCCAUUGCGAUUGCGCGAGCGCGGCCCUCCGAAAGGAUAUCGCGUGCCGAGAAAUAACGUCUUCGGCGCUCCGCCACCGCCGCCACACACCCGCCUCCACCGCCACCACCACCACCACCGUCGCAACUGCCUCCACCGCCGAUUCUACCGCCUCCACCGCGGCCGGACGGCCAACACGUGGUCUCAGGCGCACGUGCACCGCCGCCGCCGCUGCCGCCGCCGACUAGACAUCACGUCCGGACGAGAGCGCGCCGCCGAGACAUGACGUGGACGUCAAUCGUCGUCUGUGUAACGCUGUGUGGGUUCGGUGCUUCUACCGACGAAUUUUCGGACGGAAAAUUUGAACCAGACGAACAUGAUCUUCAAACUGCCAUUAAAGUUCCGUUCGAGGACCCACAACUAUAUUUUGACAGCGGGGAGGACGGUUUUCCAGCAUUUGGUAUUAAACCUGGAUCUGAUAUAAAAUCACCAUAUCGAUUAUUCCUUCCAGAAAAAUUGUACUCUGAGUUCUCCAUCGUGGUUAAUUUCAAACUAAAUUCUAUGGAUGGUGGUUUUUUGUUUGCCGUUGUCAAUCCUUUAGAAAACGUGGUACAGUUGGGCGUGCAGGUCGUACCGUCGUCGUCGAGCGCUAUGAACGUGAGCUUUCUGUACACGGAUGUGAACAAAUACUCGUCGUCGUCAAACGUCUUGGCCACGUUUUCGGUUCCGUGGAAGAUUCGGAAGUACAUACGGCUGGGCUUGAAGGUGACCAGAGAGUACGUGCGGUUGUUCGCCAGGUGUUUGGGACCACAAACCGUGAUGGUGGUCAGGGAUCCGGUGGAACUGUUGUUCGACUCGGCGUCCACGUUGUACAUUGGCCAGGCGGGACCGCUGAUCAAAGGGCCGUUCGACGGGGCCAUACAAGAAAUGAAAAUCUACGCCUCGCCAGAGUUCGCCGAUGUCCAGUGCACGGAUCUUUUGCAGCCAGACGAUGACAAGGAACCAGACAAUCCCGAAGACCUGUCUAACGGCGGUUACUCAGACAGACCACCUGCUCCACCACCACCACCGCCAUCAAACGAAAACCAUAGCUAUCAGACGCCCAACAUCAAAGGGGAUAAAGGCGAUGCCGGUCAAAAGGGAGAGUCGAUCAGAGGACCGCCCGGACCACCGGGACCUCCGGGUUCGCCGUUUUCCGGGGACUUUGCCACCGACGAAGAACUCGUCAAAUCUGGAGUAUCUGGACCGAGGGGUCCGCCGGGCAUAUGUAGCUGUAACCUCACCACGUUAUUUGCACCCGGCAACAUACCGGAAUUACUACAAGGACCGCCGGGCAAUCCAGGCAUCGAUGGCAAAAUGGGAUUGACAGGACUGCCGGGUGCCGUAGGAUUGCCAGGAGAUCGAGGUCUAGAAGGCAUAAAAGGGGACAAAGGUGAAAGAGGAGAUGUCGGGCCACGAGGGAACGAAGGCAUUCAAGGCCCUAAAGGCGAUUCUGGAAUUGACGGGGAGCGUGGUUUACAAGGACCUCCAGGUCCACCAGGUCCUCCCGGGGGAUCAGACUUUUCAAACAAUGAUCCAAGUUGGAAACCAAGACCGAUUUAUAAGGACAUCGGGUUUGAGUCAAACGUUGGGAGGCCCGGUCCCCCGGGUCCUAAAGGCGACCCGGGUGUUGAUGGCGCUCCGGGCUUAAAAGGUGCAAAAGGAAUUCAAGGCAAUAAAGGAGCACGCGGGGAGCUUGGAAGCAAAGGAGUCAAAGGCGACAAGGGUCAUGCUGGAUCUACAGGACCACAAGGUUUUAAAGGGGAACGAGGAAUACGUGGAUUUGACGGAACUCCCGGAAUGCCAGGAGAAAAUUCUCGUCCAGCGCCCAAAGGCGAUAAAGGCGACAGUGGAGCACCCGGACCACCCGGUCCACCUGGACCAGCGCAGUCUGGAGUGAAAAUUGAUAAAACGGAUACAGCUGUUGUGAAAACAGUCAAAGGUGAUAAAGGCGCAAAAGGAGAUCAUGGGGAAAAAGGAGCCGUUGGUAAUCUGGGCCCAGGAGGAAACCCCGGUCCUCCUGGUUUGACGGGUCCCAAAGGUGAACGAGGAGAGCCCGGAUUACCAGCACUUGUAUCAUCUACGACCGAUCUAGGAAUGAACAUCAAAGGAGAUAAAGGUGAAAUGGGAAGACGAGGAAGACGCGGAAAACCAGGUCCUACUGGUCCACCUGGUCCACCCGGAGAAAUUGGUCUACCUGGUUUACGAGAAGACGGUUCACCGGGCAAAGCAGGAGGUCUUAAAGGAGAUAAAGGAGAUCCAGGAGAAUCUGUGAAAGGGGAUAAAGGAGAGCCGGGAAAAGACGGAUUACCAGGUUCUGGAGGUACAUACGUGCCUGUUCCAGGACCACCAGGCCCACCAGGAGCUCCCGGUAUUGCAAUUGAAGGGCAAAAAGGUGAACCUGGAGAUCCAGGAUUUUCUUCGUCACCUCUCCGAAGUGAAAUAAACGAACCAACAAUUGUACCAGGCGCUAUGACGUUCCCAAACAAGAAAUCAAUGAUAAACGUAACAGACAGAACUCAGAUGGGUACCAUUGCAUUCAUCAUCGAAGAGGAAGCUCUUUUAGUCCGUGUCACGCGUGGCUGGCAGUACAUUUCCCUUGGCUCCUUGGUCACAACUGGAAUCGACCCGGUCCCGACGAGCCUUCCUAUGCCGACAAGAGUGCCGUUAGAAUCAUCGAAUUUAGUACAUAACCAUCCAGUAAAAGAUAACACAAUGUGGCAUCCUAAAAUGUUACGAAUAGCAGCGUUGAACGAGCCAUACACAGGUAACAUGCACGGAGUUCAGAGUGUGGACUAUUCGUGUUAUCGUCAGUCUCAGAGAGCGGGGCUUCACGGAGCGUUCAAAGCGUUCCUGUCUUCGCGGCUUAACAAUUUGAAAACGAUCGUUCACGAAUCUGACAGAGAUUUGCCCGUUGUCAACAUCAAAGGAGACGUCUUGUUCAAUUCUUGGAAAGAUAUAUUCAGUGAAAACGGCGCGUUUAUAUCUCAACAGCCCAGGAUAUACAGUUUUAGUGGAAAAAAUGUGCUCACCGAUUUCACGUGGCCCCAGAAGACCAUCUGGCACGGAUCGGACCUGUCCGGCGACAGUGCCGUAGACGGCAACUGCGAUGCCUGGAAUUCUGAGAGCGCUGACAAGCGGGGACUGGGCUCGUCGUUGACGUCAAAAUCCGACCGUCAGGCAAAGCUCUUGGACCAAGACUCGGCCUACGACUGCCGCAACUUUUUCGUCGUCCUUUGCGUGGAAAUCACACCGCACUCGGGGGCUAUGUUUUCGAGGAAACGGCGCAGUGGCAGUGGCAUCGGAGGGUCGUACGACGAACUGCAACCACCGAUGAGCCGCCAAGAGUACGAGAAACUCCUCGAAAGCAUCGGAGCUUGAAUACCAUGCCUGCCCGAAAACGUAUCCGUCGCUGGCUGUACUCGAUUUUACGAAAUAUUAUGUUAUUAUUUUAACUUAAUUUUUUUGGUGUGUACGACAACGACGACGACGAUACCCCGCUUCUUGUCCGAUUUCAUUUAUUUUUGUUUU